CUUCAUCACCCUCGCCGUGCCUCCAUCGCUCACUCUUCGAUUUUCUACCUUGAUCGUGGAGAGGCUCAAUAAUUGCUCAGGGCUGUGAGGCCUCGUCUCUUCUCGCUGCCUCGUCGACCAUCACUGACACUGUACUUGUUCUUUGAGAGCAGGCGCCUGAUGUAUCAGAUCCACCGCUCAAAUCAAUGACAGAACAAACCUCAUGCUGCCGGGAAGGGCAUCUUACCACCUCUUCAUGGGAACAGUAUUUGUAGCAUAAUAUUCUAUACGAAGACUGUGGACGCAAAUUCCAUCGAAGGUUGUGAGAAGACAACAGGCGAGUUACUACUCUUCAAUUUCCUCGCAUUCAAGCGUUUGAUCAAUGGAUAAAGUCCCAGGAUCUGGACGUUCCACAGCAUCCCCUCGAGAUGGCGCCCGGCCUGGAGACAACAGGGGGGAGUUCAGAGUUCGUGUCCACGAUCAUGAUGAGCACUCAUUCGAGCCAACGCCUGAAGUACCUCAGAAGCCUCAACCAUUCAUCCCUCGGAAGCACAGGUAUUUCCCCAUUGCAGUGCCAGUGAUAAUGGUGGGUAGCAUCGUCGUCUUCAUCAUGAUGAUGUUAUACAACGACUGUCCGAAACAUAUAGCACCUGGGGAGAAGUGUGUGGGUGAAUGGUUGAAGCCCUUGUCUUUUCAACCCUGGGACGAGAAUCCAAUGCUCGGACCUCGCUGGCGAGCGAUUAUGAAAUGGGGUGGGGUUGAGAGCUCUCUAGUGACGAAGAAGAAAGAAGGCUGGCGCCUCCUUUCGUCCAUAGCUGUCAAUGGAGGAGUUCUUCAGCUCAUUAUGAAUCUGAUAGCGCUUCUCAUUGUUGGGCUCCGGAUGGAACUCUAUUUUUGGUUUUUCAAAGUCGGUAUCAUUUACACAAUGUCCGGUUUCGGAGGCAACGUGCUGUCUACCCUCUUCAUUCAGAAUCAGUUGUUCGUUUCGGCAUCGGCCGCGCUGCUGGGCUUGAUUGGGGCUAGCUUUGCCGAUAUAUUCAUCAAUUGGGAUGUGGUUGAGCGGAAGGCGCUCAAGUUUGUGGACUUAAUUGUCUUCGGGCUCAUUAGCUUUGGCUUCGGGUUGAUGCCACAGGUUGACAAUUUCGCGAAUGUAGGUGGCCUCUUCACAGGAUUUUGCCUGGGCUUCGUUUUCCUGUUGCGUCCCCAGAGAGGAUAUAAGGAUACCAGGCACUUGUCGCAGUUGGAAGCUUUCAUCGUAAACAACCAAGAUCCCGACCUCCCCCCCGUGAAAAUGCACAAUAAGAGACAACGAGUGAUGCAACUGCUUGCCGGACUUCUGCUCGUGGGUUUGCUGGCCGCCGGCACUGUCCUGCUAUUCCUCGAGGUCAAGGUCAACAAGGGUUGCUCCUGGUGCCAUUAUGCUGCGUGCGUGCCUAAUUUGAAAUGGACCUGCCCCAGGCUCGCCCCUUAAGCAUAAUUCUGAGUUGGAGACGACGGGCUGUCAAUCAUCCGACGAACUCCAGUUUCUCCACUGGAUCUCCAUCGCUCUGGAUCGUCGAAAUUUUCUCGAUCUGUCCAGGAAAGAUCACGACAAAAUAAAUCUGUUGAAAAACUAGAAUUCAAGUAUCUAUAGCUGGGUAUGAGAAUGGAUUGUGGUAAGCGUUGUCAAUACUCUCCACAUGGAUCCUUUCGUGAACUGUCAAGACACGACGAGCAUAUCUCUGAGCUUGGUAUUGUGUAUUCAGAUAGGCAUGGAGUUCGCAGCGGCGUGAAGGUGCCAUCGCUGGUUUCGUGUGAGGGGAAGGUUUUUUCUUAAAACAAACACUGUCGCGGUAGUGUAUCGACAUAUUUUUUUCUGGAGAGAACGAUGCCUGUAGCAAUAGUUGAAAUCGAUUAUGUACCCUGUAAUUAAGCGGGAAAAUCCGUGUUUUUUCUAAAGUUGCAGAACCUGUGAGGUGCUCCGAACGCCCAUUUCGUCCCCUUCCAGUAAAUGCUGGGCACCCAGGCUUGUGAUGGUCGUGAGUAGCAUAGCUUCCGCCAUCGUCCGCUAUUCAGACUCAGUCGUUGCAGUGCAAUCGCAUUAUGACAGACAUUAAAACGAUUGCGCCGGAAGCAAAUUACCAAGAAUUAACCUCAAAUGUAAAAUCUCAAUAUGGUUACGAACAUGUCUGAUGGGAUAUUCCCAUACACUAUUUCUUCAACGAACCCUUCUCCUGCAUUUCAGCUUAAACUGCAGCCACCUCAAGAUGUUCCAAUAAUAACUAGUUAGCCAGAAGUAACAUAGAGGUGGAAAGAAACUUGUGUAAGAACCGCAGUGAUCAUGUAAUAUCAAUUCCUAAGUAGCUUCUUUUGUCUACUUCAAACUUAAAUAAAAUCUAUCAUUGUUUC